AUGGACGUGGACAUGGACGUGGACGUGGUCAUGGACGUGGACAUGGACGUGGACGUGGACGUGGACGUGGACAUGGACAUGGACGUGGACAUGGACACGGACGUGGACAUGGACGUGGACAUGGACGUGGACGUGGACGUGGACAUGGACGUGGACGUGGACGUGGACAUGGACGUGGACAUGGACGUUGACGUGGACGUGGACGUGGACGUGGACUUGGACGUGGACCUGGACGUGGACGUGGACGUGGACGUGAACGUGGACAUGGACGUGGACGUGGACGUGGAUGUGAACGUGGACGUGGACCUGGACGUGGACGUGAACGUGGACACAGACGUGGACGUGGACGUGGACCUGGACGCGGACAUCGACGUGGACGUGGACCUGGACGUGGACAUGGACGUGGACGUGGACCUGGAGGACAUGGACGUGGACAUGGACGUUGACGUGGACGUGGACGUGGACGUGGACUUGGACGUGGACCUGGACGUGGACGUGGACGUGGACGUGAACGUGGACAUGGACGUGGACGUGGACGUGGAUGUGAACGUGGACGUGGACCUGGACGUGGACGUGAACGUGGACACAGACGUGGACGUGGACGUGGACCUGGACGCGGACAUCGACGUGGACGUGGACCUGGACGUGGACAUGGACGUGGACGUGGACCUGGACGUGGACGUGGACGUGGACGUGGAUGUGGACGUGGACGUGGACGUGGACGUGGAGGUGGACGUGGACGUGGACGUGGACGUGGACGUGGACGUGGAGGUGGACGUGGACGUGGACGUGGACGUGGACGUGGACGUGGACAUGGACGUGGACGUGGACGUGGACGUGGACAGGGACACGGACGUGGACGUGGACACGGACGUGGACACGGACGUGGACGUGGACGUGGACGUGGACGUGGACGUGGACAUGGACGUGGACGUGGACGUGGAGGAGGACAUGGACGUGGACAUGGACGUGGACGUGGACGUGGACGCGGACGUGGACGUGGACGUGGACGUGGACGCGGACAUCGACGUGGACGUGGACAUGGAGGUGGACGUGGACGUGGACGUGGACAUGGACGUGGACGUGGACGUAGACAUGGACGUGGACGUGGACGUGGAGGACUUGGAUGUGGACAUGGACGUGGACGUGGACGUGGACAUGGACGUGGACAUGGACGUGGACGUGGACGUGGACAUGGACGUGGACGUGGACGUGGACAUGGACGUGGACGUGGACGUGGAUGUGGACGUGGACAUGGCCGUGGACGUGGACGAGGACGUGGACGUGGACAUUGUCGGAGUCUGUCGGAGUGUGUGA